AUGACGAGCCGCCUACCCACCUCGCUGCACCGCACGCUGUCGAGGUACAAGCCGGGCGAUCUGCGCAUCUCGCCGUCACGGCUGCUCGACACCCUGCACCACAGCUGCCAGUGGGGCGCAGCGCAUCGCUACGGCCCACAGCCGACCCAGACGGGCAUGGCGCGCCUCUCGCUCGACGCCAACGACGCAAAGGUGCGUGCCUGGAUGGCUCGAGAAGCCGAGGCGGUCGGCUGCCGCACCGUGGUCGACGGCGUCGGCAACCAGUUCUUCAUCCGACCGGGAGACCGAGCUGAUGCUGCACCCACAGCCAUGGGCAGCCACAUGGACACGCAGCCGACGGGAGGGCGGUACGACGGUAUCCUCGGCGUCGUGGCCGGCCUCGAGGUGAUGCGGACGCUGCACCACCGCGGCCUGCGGACGCGCUACCCGCUCGCCCUCGUCAACUGGACAAACGAGGAAGGCGCCCGCUUCCCACGCUCCCUCGCCGGCUCGGCGGUGUGGGCGGAGACGCUGCCCCUCGAUCAGGCCUGGUCGUUGAAGGACGUCAACGACCCGAGCAUUACGCUGAGGGACGCGCUCGUCGAAGCCCGGAUGCUGGGAACGCACUGCGACCACCGCAGCCUGCCUCUGGCGGCCCACUUCGAGCUGCACAUCGAGCAAGGUCCCAUCCUCGAGCAGCGCGACAAGCGCAUCGGCGUGGUGCUGGGCGGGCAGGCUUACAAGUGGUUCGACGUCGAGAUCAGCGGCAUGGAAUGCCACACCGGCUCGACGCCCUACGAGUACCGCGCCGACGCGCUGCUCUGCGCAUCCAGGAUCAUCGUCGAGGCGACCUUGAUGGCAAAGGAGGUCGGCGCGCUCGCCAGCACCGGCAUCAUCGAAGCGAGACCGGGCAGCGUCAAUACCUGCCCCGGCACGGUGCGCAUGACGAUCGACGUGCGCCACGCCCGAUCCGACGUCGUGGCCGACCUCUGCCAGCGCAUCCGAGCGCGUUCCGCCGUGCUGGGACGAGGAACGGGCGACAGGCACUGCACGGUGCGCUGGGACCAGACCUUUGAAAGCGACGCGGCCACGUUCGACCCUGCCUGUAUCGAGGCCAUCAGAGACGUAGCUGUGGCCACCGUGGGAUCGGACCGCGUCCUGGACAUGUACAGCGGCGCCGGACACGACUCGUUUUCGACGAGCCUGCGCUGCCCGACGGGCAUGAUCUUUGUGCCGUCCCGCGACGGAAUCUCCCACAACCCCUCCGAGUUUACUGAGCCCGAGCACUGUGCGCAAGGAGCUCAGGUGCUCCUCGAUGCUGUUCUCCUGUACGAUUCGAAGCGCGUUGCUUGA